GUUUUCAUGUCCUUUUUUUCCAUUUUUAUCGACGGUAAUUGAAAUCUGACAGGCUUCUUUUUUAUUGAUUUAGCUACCUUAGGUAAUAAAUCCGUCGUGAAUGGUGGAUAAAAGGAGAAGGAUUUUUUCGACAUUUCACUUGCUUACUGAAUCAUAACCCGUGCUUAAGGUCGCAGAAACGGUAAGUGGUAGAAAUAUUAACAGUGAAAAUUAUUGUUUUCGGUAAAAAUGUCAUACACAGAAAUGUUUCAUUUUUAUUUGCCAACAAAUCAGGCAUAUGAAAAAUAAGAAAGGUGCGAAAACAACAUUACCCAUCGACCAGCCCCGUCUAGCUGAUAGAUGUAAUUAUUAUAAUUUUAAAUUAACUUAACGGAGUAAAUCAGAAUUUCUCUCUAUAUUAAAAUGUAAUAUGUGAUUUUUGAAACAGUGGCUAAACCUUCAAUUUCACGUAUAAAUAUGUCAUAUAAUAAUGCCGUUUAAAUUAAACGCUAACAUUUCAGAGUCCCAUUUAGCAUUAUUUUGAGUAAUGUAAAGUUAUUACCUUCAUAAAUUUUGAAUAAUCAUUCCUUGUACGACAUCAGUCUAAAAAGUUGAUAUAAUUCUACUUUUAAGUGAUUUUUUCAUCAGUAAGAGCUAAUCUCGCUCCGGUGACCCAAAUUAAUAAAUAAAGCUGGAAAAGGAAUUUCGAAAUUCACGAAAAUAUAGUGGAGUUUCCGCUAGUAAAAACAAUGUUUUCGAAGUAGCUGUUAGCGCUUGUAUGUCAGCAAGCCCCAUGGCCAAGGAGUACGAGUCCAUUUCCUUCUUUUGAUUAUAUUCAUACUUCUAAACUGCGAAACUGAAAAGUGAAUAAAAACCGAAAACAUUCUUAUUUAUCACGAAAAAGGCAUCAAGUUGCGGCCUACCAAAUGUUCACGUUAACACAAAAAUAUGUUAUCUUCAAGAAUUUAAUUUAACUUGUGUGGCAAGAGAAUUGUCCAAUAACUUUCAAUUCCCUUAACCGUCUAUCUGUAAUCUACCACAUCACUAACCGUCCCAACGAUAGAGUUCAGGUAUUUUUUUCGAGUGACGUUUUAAAAAAAUAUGUUUAUUUUUAUGUUUUGUUUCAAUCGGAAGCAUAGAGGAAAUAAUAAGCAAAAACACACCUUCGCAGCCAAAAUGAAAGUAGAUUUGGGGGAGGUAAUUCAUUUGUUGUAAAAUGCUAACUGCAUUUCGUGGGUUCCUAUCAGGUUAUUUUAUUAUUUAGUACAUGUUUUAUUUUGUCCGUAACCUCAGUUUUUGACGCGGCGAAGGAGACCAUACAAAGACAGCACAAGAAUAAUAUUCCCCAACAAGAUCUUAAGAGUUCGUACGAAUCGAUCAAAUAAACGCUGACUAAUAAAUUAACGUAUAGUGUAUACUAUAAAGUAGAUCUGGCGAAGCCUAAAUGUCUAGUUUUAUCUUUUAUGGGUGGUGAUAUUUGGCUGGUUAGUCAUAAAGGCAUAGAGCACUAUAUUUUUUUUCUUUCGCCCUUUAGUUGACAAAGGUGAUGCAAGAUAUCUUAGAAAUCGUCUGAUCAGUUACACCUUAAAAUGCAAGCGCAAUUGAAUGUUGGGUGGCUAAGUGUUGUUUUGGAAUUGCACGGAUUACACUUCAAAAAAUGUAAUAGAUUGAUUAUCAAAAUGAUUCUUUGGAAGCUGCAUUGUUAGGUGUUUUUUUCGUAGGUGAUUGCGUCGAUGCCAUUAAAGAUAUAUUUUUUUUGUUUUAAUAUACGUCGCUUGAGAAGUACCCCUCAUAAGGCCAGUUUUAAGAUUUGUGGACAAGAUUCAUGAUUUUAUAUCAAAUGGUAAAAACUUUAUUUACGUGUCAAUGUGCUUAGCUUUACAGCUAAUGGGGGACGCAGACUAUCUACAUUCAUAAUAAGUAUUCCUAAUAAAAAUAUAAUAUAUAUAAAAAGACUAUCACGAGGUACUAGAGUGAUGUCCUCAUCCACUAUAUUCUUGAAAUCUUCCUAACAGCAAAAUUAUUACAAAUCCAUAUUGCACAGACAAUUCUUUUCCACACUCGGACUAUGACUAUGCCGGGGAUAUGUACGUAUCAUCAAAUUAAAAAGAAGCAAAAAAAGCAGUUUUUUUUCUUAUCUUUGAGGUAAUCCCUUGUUUGUGAAAAUAAACUGUCAAAGACUUGUACAAGUCCGGAAGUGUAAAACGGAAACGGAAAAAUAUCCUGUCAAGUUGACCUACCAAUCAAAAAAUUUUCAUCGGUUUUCAAGAAAUUGUUUCCCGUUUCUCAACACAAUAGCGCGUCUGGCAUAAAAGAAGCUUCCUUGCGUCGCAGCUGCAUCGCUUCAUUAGGGUUUACUUGAAGACAACCAGUCUGGAUCCAAGAUGACUCGCUUGAUACUUGUACUAUGCACGCUUUUGAUGGUCACACUGAUGAUUCUUAUUUCUUGCACUGGAACAGGAAAAGGGGUGAGAGUUGUAGUGAGUUGUUUACCAUGAUAUAAAUAAUUUUUAAAGUUCUAUUAUUAUUAUAAUUUAUUAUGUCAAGCUUUAUUGGGCAAGAUCAAAUCGAAAAAAUAAAAUCGAAAAAAAGUAAAAAAUUGAAAAUAUACAAACAUAAAGAAUUAACGAACAGGACACUCAGACCCAUGCAGAGUGCCAACCCUAAGAAAAUAUAUACAAAAAGUAAAAUCUACUUGUAGUAAGAGGAAAGUCUAAUUGUAGAAAAAUCUAUAUGUACAAAAUUGUCGUCUAACUGUAGAAGAAAUCCAAAAGUAUUAAAAACAAAUUUUGAUUGCAAUAAGUUUGAUUGCAAAAUGAAUAUUUCCCCGUGAUAAAAGCACCAUUGCAGAAAGUCGGAAUAACGUUGAACACAAAAAAGACGCGACGUCAGGACUCUUACAAGAACAAUAUGCUUCCCUCUGAGAUCAGUAUAUGAGAUGCACAAUCAACCUUCAAAAACUUGGGGAUUUUCUUGUAGGCCGGUUUCGGUACAUUCAAGAUAUCAAGGAACGGGAAGCAAGUAUCUGAGAAGGUUAAAGUCGAUGUCAAGAAGAACUUGGAGAUGUACAUUGUGCGAGAACCUGCAUCUGCCAAGAAAGCAACGCUGGUCAUUAUGUACGAUUUCAAUAAGGUAUUUGUCCUUGGGAAUUUUUAACUUUAAAAUGUUGUUAUCGUAUUUUUUCGUUUGGAAAACCUAACCUUAAAAUCCUUAACAUUAAAACCCCUUAGCCACUUUCCGAUACUCUCUUUUUGCUAAAAUUCAAUUAAUCAGAUUUGCAGGUCUUGGUGGCAUGAUAGGAAUUUACUGAAUGUUUUCCCUGUCAUUGCUAUCAUUAUCAUAAUCAUAAUUAUUAUAAUUAUAAUUAGUAUUUAUAAUCAUAGAGAGGAGAAAUGUGACGUAACGCUACCAUGGUAGCAAAAGUUUUGGAUAACAACAAAAGGGAGCUUAUAAGCAACGUCGAUGGCGACGGCAACGAGAACGGCAAAAAAGCAAUAGGUUUAGAUUGGCAAAACAACAAUUUUGCGCGUGCAUCACGCUUUUUUGUACAUUUGUUAGCCGUCAUUGCACGACUGCGACAUGAAACCUAAUUACACGUUAAAUUAAAUCUCCUAAAUUUUCGUUUCCUUUUUGUAAACUUAGAUACCAUCCUUUGGGAUUCAACCCCGAAAUUUCGCCAACAUUUGACAAAUUAAAUGAAAUUGAAUAAAAUCUAUGAAGUUUGAAACAGUGCGGAUUCACUUGUUAAGUGACGUUUUCGGUUUGUUGUCAUCCAGAAAUUUUGCUACUAUGGCAACGUGACGUAACGACUUCUCCUUGCUAUAAUAAUAAUAAUAAUAAUAAUAAUAAUAAUAGUAAUGAUAAUAAUAGUAGUAAUUAUUAUUAUUGUUAUUAUUAUUAUUACUAUUUUUUUUUUAUUAAUUUGUUAUUGUAUCAAAUGACCACGCAAACUUAAAAAGAAACUUACAUAAUUCAUUGUACUAACUAACGAAAAAUUUUGCGUAGGAUCUUAUGAUGAUAAAAGAUGUGCCUGGGUCAAAAUGUUAUUUAAAAAAUUCCACAGAUGGUGCUGUCCGACCUAAUGCCUCAGAAAAAGAAUUAAACCAGGUUAGUGGGAACCCAGUACAAAUGCCGACUGCUUUAAAAGUGAUUUUCCAGAAAUUAACCCUGGCAUUAAAUUUAUUAUCUUAUCACAUCAGAUCCUUUUUAGCGGCCACAUAUGCAACAACCCGUCAUAUAUCUGGACCUUUUAAAUUAUCCCGGCACCUGAAUUAAAUUUAGUUUAAUUUGAUUUGCCUUUUAUUAUAAGCUAUAAACACAAUUUUUGGCAAACUUCUUAAUUUCCUUUUGAAUAUUUAUUUUAAAAUUUCGAACAGUAGUAGUACCAGGACGAACUGGGUGUGCAAUAUAUACUAGAAGUCAACGUUUAGACUUACCAUAUCAGCUACCACCGACCAUUUCUCCUUUAAAUUAUCAAUGCAUGCACAUUCACUUUUUUCACGGUAUUUUUUUAUGCUUCUUUAAGGUGAAAAAGAAUUCUAAGAUAAAGGUGUUGUCGAAGACUGAGGAAGUCAUAAAGAAAGUUGGCAAACUAAAUCGGCACAUGUACAGCAAGGUUCUUGGUAAGGAGAUGGAACGUCUGUGCAAAGGGCUGCCAAUCUUCUUGGUAACUCCUGGGGAACUGAAUGACAUUGAGCGAGUAAAUGAUUCGGCGCAAGAAUCUGACGAGAUUCAAGAGAAAACUACUUCGUCUAAACGUACGUGUUGAUGCUAGUCUGCUUCCUAAUGAGCGUAUAUGACUGAGAGUUAAAAGGCUUAUUUUCUUUUCAAAAUCAACUGUUUCUCCUCGAUACUACCAUCACAGACCUUCUUGCCCGCCAUUUUGAAUCACCGCUGUGUAAAAUGCUCGUGGAAGCCUUAAAAAAUGCCAAAUGACCUCUCUAUAGCUAGUCUCCCUCGCAGCCGUUUUUAGUAUCGUCACGCAACGCUACGGCUGCGAGGGAGACUACUCUAUAGCCCCCUUGGAUUUUGAUACGCGACCAGUUGCUAGGUGUGACGCAUUUCCGGAAGAUGCGUUACUCAGUGUCAGCUUUUUUUGGACCUCGUUUUGCAACUAGGCGCGCCGAAGUAUGAAGAUUUAAAAAGAGUUUUAUUCAAAAUUGAAAAGAAUUGCUUCUGUAAAGUUAAAGAAAUGGGCAGAAAAACAGACCAGAGGAUAAGGGGGGCCAAGAAAACGUUUUACCCUCCCUCCAAAAUUGUCAGAAUAUAUCAGGUGAGAAGACACACCGGUGUAAUUUAAAUUUAAAACAAUAAUAAGCCCUGGAAAACGGAGUAUAUUUCAAAAACAUAACGAAUAUUGACAAGAAGCAAGUAAUAUUAGUCAUUGCAGCUUCAACGGAAGCAGGAAAAAUCAAGUUGGACAUACAGCGGCUGUAGUUUGUCAAUGAAUCCAAGCAGUGAAUAAAUUUUGUUGAGCGCAUCAAUAGAACUUGAUGCUGAAAAGAGGAGUCAAAUGGCGCUCCUGCCGUCUCUUUUCUUAGUAACGGAAAUGAAAAUUUUUCUUUAACUUCCGGUAAAUCGGUCAACUUUUAUGUAGAUUUUCUCUUAAAUGCGAAGGUAUAUUCAAAAAAGAAACCCAGAUAUGCAUAUUACAUCAUCUGAACUUAAUUGUAGAAAGAUUUUGAGGGCAAAAUAAAAUGUUGAAAAUUUUCCGGUGCAGAUACCUUAAAAACGUAGCUUAAACAUGCUUACCUCCAUUUGUGCUAAGUUCAUCUUUGAUAGUGCACGUUUAGGGUUCUUCAGCUCCGCAAAUAUUCUUCAAAUAGCAGAUGUCGCGCUUGGAGUUGCUCUUCUUGCUAUGUUUUUAGCUAUUAUUUCGUCUAGUUCUUACUCUUGAAACGAGUGAAAUGUCCGCCAUUUUGUUUUCACAACCAAAAGAACUCAACCUCGUCUCCAGGUCUUUUCUGUCAACGGUGCAUUAACCUGCAACAAAAGCUGCAUUUUUGACGUCAUCGAUUCAUUAAUCGCAAAAUUCUUCCAAAUUUGGCCAUCAGUUGCUGGUUAUGGUGAAUUAUUGUGUGUGCUUUUAGCCAAUCAGAAUCAGGGAAAUAUUUUGAAUGAUUAAUAAAGACUAUUAAUGUAUUAACCAAAUUCUGGAUUUUAUCAGACAACUUUCUAUGUAAUAAGUUUUUUUCGCCCGAAAGCUGCUUUUAAUUAUUUUAUAUAUUUAUUUAGAAACAUUGGUUUAGCAUGAGAAUAGAGCUAAUUUAAACAGAGUCCUGUAAAAAAAAAUAAAACAAAAAACAAAACAAAACAAAUAAACAGUUACCAAGAAAAUCCUUAGAGAAAUUAGCACACUUAUAAAACACAUAAAGACAUGCUGUAAUUAAAGAGAUUAUUAAAGAGAUUACGUCGUAUCUUGUAGCCAAAGCAACUUUUAUGGACCCCAAAAUUUGUCAAGAUAGAUUUGUCUAAAGAAAUGAAAAAAAAGGCCACUAAAGACGGUAGGUUUUGACUCUAAACUCGUUCUGAAACAGUAAAUGAGAGAAAAAACCUUCGGAAGGGGUCCUAAGCACGUACUUUCGUUAAAAAGACAUUUUGAAAAAACUUACAUGCAUAUAAUUUAUUUUCCCCUGCCAUUUCAUAGUACAUGAUCAGCCGUUCUUCUAAGUAUCUUACAUGUAAUUUCAUUUUGAACUCAUCAAUUUCUUUUACAGUUGAGCUUUUUUUUAUAACCGUCUUUAUUAAGUGUAUGAAGGGUAUUCUGUUCCGAAACGUUUUAGGGUCUCUCCUCCCAUCGCGGCCUAAAGGAACAGAUCUUGUUCCUCAAACUAACGAUGCUCUUUUCUCUUUGUGGUCUCUUUUAACUUUAGGCCAAGUGGAGAGCUCUUGCGGAACAAGAUACUGCUGGUACGAAAAAAAAAAAUGCUGGUGCGAAACAAAAUGCAGUUACGAAGAAAAAUGCAGGUACCUUUCCGAUCCGCAACGGCAAUGUGCGAUCCCGGUCUAGGGAUCCUUUAUUUCCAUGGAGAUACCCACAAAAUGGACUCAAGUAACAACAAAGCGUCAUUCUUGUAAUCAGUUCGCACAUUUUCUUGUGCACCUUAGGUGUCUUCAUUAAUCGCUUUCUGUCUGUUCAUCUAUCAAUAAAAUCAAGGGCAGAUUUAGGGGUGGGCCCAGGGGGCCCCGGUACCCCCUUUUGUCCGAUAAUUUGUUUUUCUUUUGUAAACGUGUGUUUGAUAGCACUUCGACCUUUGUUAC